GGCUCUCAGUGGUCAGGCUAUUGCCUGCAGUCGGGAAUUUCAGUCUUUGCCUCUGCCGUUCAUAGACGGUUUCCUGAAGUAGCCACGAUUUGGGCUGUGGUCAGACCAGUCCAGGUUUGCCUGCUUGGAUCUGGGUUUGACUUAGGGCUGCUUUGACGGACUUGCGCUCCAACUGUUUUGGACUCUGGGCGUACUGCUUACGGCUACAGCAUUAGACUGGUUCACUGUUCUGCAGUAUUCGACCCAGUUCGGCUUAGCUGGGUGUCGCUUUUCUGUUGGUCACAAGCACAAAUGCGAACGCUGACUGCGACGCUAAAUGCCCGAGAGCAUCUUGCCUACGCAGCUUCUCGUAGCGCUCUAUUCACCUCGGUUCGACAAAGCCCAGUUCCGUUUGGGGGUGCUCUCCCCCGGCACAAAGACACGCGAAUACUGAAAAGCUCUUCGAGCUCAGAAACAAUCCGCGAGACUUGAGGUAGGCUGUCUCGGUUCUCCUGGGCACCAUUCUGCUGGAGUUCGCGGCUUUGCGCUCAGUGGGCGAUUGACUCGGCUUUACUGGGAUUAUUCUGCAACCCCUCUCUGCACAGGAAGGUGGAGAUUUGGAAAGAUAGAGCACCUCUUCGGGGGUUGCCUGCAGCCACCUGCCAAGACAGGCCACAUACCUAUUUGUCAAAAGGAUUAUCAGGAUGCUUUGGGCUUUAUUUAUUUUCUCAUGAAAUUGGUGUGUAAACUUCUUAGCAGAGUGCAGAAAGGAGUGAAACAGAACAGUCAUGAAGUGUGACUGAGAAGACUGACAAUCUCUGGUGAAGCAUACAGAGAACAGUAGAGGAGAAGAGUGUAUGAAACAGGAAGGCAGAAGCGGCAGUCACACAAACUACACCAAACUGGAGUGUGAAACAGAGAGUCACCUGGAGAUGGCGUCCAAUUUUAAUGACAUCGUCAAACAAGGUUACGUGCGGAUGAGAAGCCGCAAAUUAGGAAUUUAUAGGCGCUGCUGGUUAGUGUUUAAGAAAUCUUCCAGUAAGGGUCCCCGGCGGCUGGAAAAAUACCCUGAUGAAAAGUCGGCCUACAUUCGUGCAUGUCCCAAGGUGACAGAGAUCAGCAACGUUAAGAAUGUGACCAGGUUACCGCGGGACACUAAGAGACAGGCAGUGGCCAUUGUGUUCACUGAUGACACAUCUCGCACCUUCACAUGUGAAUCAGAGCUGGAGGCAGAAGAAUGGUACAAGAUCCUUUCCAUUGAAUGCCUAGGUGCCCGUCUUAAUGAUAUUAGUCUGGGAGAGCCAGAUCUCCUGGCUGCUGGAAUGCAAUGUGAACAUACAGGUACAGAGAGAUUCAACGUGUUCCUGCUUCCCUGCCCCAACCUUGACAUCUAUGGAGAGUGCAUGAUGCAAAUCACUCAUGAGAAUAUCUACCUUUGGGACAUUCACAACCCUCGCACCAAGCUGGUGACAUGGCCAUUAUGUUCUCUGCGACGUUAUGGUCGAGAUGCAACUAGGUUCACCUUUGAAGCUGGAAGGAUGUGUGACAGUGGAGAAGGACUGUACACAUUUCAGACACGAGAGGGUGAACAGAUUUAUCAGAGGGUACAUUCAGCUACACUAGCCAUCGCUGAGCAACACAAGAGAGUCCUGAUGGAAAUGGAAAAGAAUGCCAGACUAUUAUCCAAAGGCUCAGAGGCAGGAUCAUACCCAUGUACCCCUACUGCAAUUUUACCACGAAGUGCCUUCUGGCACCAUAUCACAGGCUCACAGAGCGGAGCAGAUGGCACCAACAGUGAUCUCUACCCAGAUUCCCAGGCUGGCUCAGAGACAGAUCUGCUUCCCAGCAGCUUACCACCAGAUCCUAGCAGCAGUGCUUUUAUGGAACAUCAUCAUGGAGUGUUACCCAGUUAUCCUGACCAGUGACAAACUGUUUGCUCCUGGAUUCCUUCAAAUGUAGCCUGCUUACCUCUGCCUGGAUUGGUCUGCUUACAUGUACCCUACUUAAUCCACUGAAACCAAGGGAGUCAGUCCACCUGGAUUUUCAGCAGAGAGAAGAAGAAAGAAAGAAAGGAAGAAGGGGAAGCAGGCCCAUGAAUUCUGCAGGACUUGUCUUUUAGAUAAAGAGACGUUUCUGAAAAAGCAUCUUUGCCAUAGAAGGAAAGGCAGGUUUUGAGGCACACUGCAUGUUGGAAACAGGAUGUAAUGCUCAGGGUGAGAGAGAGGGGCAAACAUAUGCUGGUGAAGACUCGCGAUGUAUGCAAGACGUCUAGCUAAAAAGCAUUUUCCGUGCUUUUUUUUAAACU